UUUAUAUAAACAGAUCUAAAUAAACCGAGACAAUCUGAUGCGUUGAGGGAAUUCGUUGAGGUGAAGAUUUUUAUCAGUGUGUCGUUAAAAAUGGGAAACCCCAAAGUUUUCUUUGACAUCACUAUCGACGGCUCCAACGCCGGCCGGAUUAUAAUGGAGCUGCGAGCUGAUGUUGUCCCAAAGACUGCAGAAAACUUCCGUGCUUUAUGCACUGGAGAGAAAGGUUUUGGCUACAAAGGCUCCACCUUUCACCGUGUCAUCCCAAAGUUCAUGUGCCAGGGCGGGGACUUUACCAACCACAACGGAACUGGAGGCAAAUCCAUCUACGGAGAGAAGUUUGCCGAUGAGAACUUCCAGUUGAAGCACAUGGGAAUGGGGACGCUGUCCAUGGCCAAUGCAGGGCCCAACACCAACGGAUCCCAGUUCUUCAUCUGCACAGCCUCGACCGACUGGCUGAACGGGAAACACGUGGUGUUUGGCAGCGUUGUGGAAGGCAUUGAUGUUGUCAAGGCGAUGGAGAAGCAAGGCACAAAGAGCGGCUCUCCCAAAGCCAAGGUUGUCAUUGCUGACUGUGGUGAGCUUAAAUAGUUCAGAUCAGCUGCUUCGUUUCAGCCUGCUUUCCUCUCGGAUGUUAUCAGCAAACCUUUAGAAAAAGUCCACUUUUUCCCACUGACAUGUUCGUCCAGUGUGUUUAUUUGUUCUGUAAUAUUUUGUACCUUCUAAUCUGUCCUUUAAGGGCGACAUUUGUUAAUAAAAUCUGAAUAUAAUAGUGUUGACGGUGUAAAUAAAACAGCUGGAGAGCCUU